GCCUCACAAAAAAAAAAAGAAAAAAAAAAGGGGAAAACAUGUAAAAAAUAAAAAUGGAUUCUUGAUUUUGAAGAACUUGAAAAUGGGAGAGUGACAUUCCAACCUACAAAAUAGAAGUAAGACCUCCAUUACACUUUCACCCUCCACCCCUCCAUUUCUCUUUCUUGCAAGAGGAAAAAGGAGUUGUUGAUUUCAAAAGAAUCAAAAUGGGUUCUGGGAGUAGUCGUUUGGGGUCACGCUCAAGUCGUUCAAAUCGAACAAAAAGAAUAUUUGCAUCCAUUUUUAUAUGUGGUGCUUCUCCAUCUUCUCGUCGUUCAGCUCUUGAGAUGGAAGAAGAUCCAGCUGAAAUGCUGGUGGAUUCUGCAGAACAUGCUGACACUGGAAAGCUCCAAAACUCUGAGAAGGACCCUUCACCUGAUUUUAUUCCCUCCCUAGCUGAACGUGGAGCUUCAUCUGCAAGCAAUCUGGUAAAUAGUGAAAAAUCUACAUCUGAAGACGCUUCAAGCAAUGUUCAGGGAGGUAAUCUAAGAGAAAACUCAACCAAAGACAUGGAAUUAGUCACUCAACAUAAUCCUGGACGUAAACGUGGUGAAACUGCUAGUACAUCUCGGGAUGACCGAUCAUUUCGUUAUCCACUUUCUUUAAACAGAAGGGCAGACGAUGAUGCUGUAAAUAGUGUCGCCACUACAGUGAAUGUAGAUGUCUCUCAAGUUUUUGCCGGUUACUCUCAUUCUAGCAGUCCAUUGUCUCAUGGAAAUGGAGAGUCUUCAUCAAGUGAAGAUUUUGUUGCAAACCACACAAAUGAAAUUCUUAUCUUCAAUAAUUCUGAUUCUGUAUCAGUUCUUUCGGAUUCUUCAGUUACGCCACAUUUGGUGGGAGAUGAUAUGCGUCAGGAUACACCACCUUCAGGUUUUGAAUUUCUGGUGUCAGACAGGGAAGAGGGUGUAAGAGAUGGAAGUGCACUUCAUGUUGACAUGGCAAAUGCCUCUCCCACUUUUUUCUCUAAUAUUCCUGCUGAAAUUAGUAGUCGUGAAGCAAGACGGAAUAGUAGAAGACUUUUUUGGGAUUCUUUUUCAAGGAGAAGUCCUAGGAGGCGUGCUGAUCCUCGUAACUUCCGUUUUACAAAUGAUAAUUCAGAUGAUAUUGCUGCUAAUGACAGGUUAUUGCUGGACUUUAGUGAUAAUUCCUUUCAUGAGGGGUCUGGAGGAAAUUUUCCAUCAAAUGGAAGUCGGAAUGAACGGCGACGGCAUUCCAGAUCUGAGAUGUGGGAAAGACUUCCUGCUGGUCUUAUUGCUAGUGAUCAUCGAAGUGUCACUUGUCCAAGUGGGAUUCACACAGAUGGCCCAUGUACAUGUGAGACAAUUUUAAUGAGUCGAGAAUCUGGCAGUCGUGCAAGUAUAUCCCGAAUAGUUAUGCUUGCUGAGGCAUUGUUUGAGGUACUGGAUGAAAUACAUCGUCAACCUAUGUCGUUGUCCUUAUCUGUGCUAUCACUUCCAGCUCCAGAGUCAGUUGUGGACUCAUUCCCAGUGAAGAGUUUCUCAAAACCAGAGGAAGUAGAUACUAGCAACAAUGUUUUACAGUGUCAUAUAUGCUUGUCCGAGUACGAGGAAGGAGAUAAAAUACGAGUUCUACCUUGUCACCAUGAGUUUCAUUUAGUAUGUGUGGAUAAAUGGCUCAAAGAGAUACAUGGUGUAUGUCCACUUUGCAGAGGAGAUGUACGAAAUGGUUUUGUUGACGGUUCAGUUUCUAACUCAGCAGCACUUCCUCUUUGAGGUAUCUAGUAUAUACUGGGGAGAAAGAGAGGGGAAGAGGGAAAGGGGACGCCUCGCUUAAACCUGGCUCCAUAAUUUGCUGUUAUGAAACAAGAAAUUUUGCUAUUUAUAUAGUAUCCUAUGACCUCUGAAGGGAUACUGAAGGCUCCUCUUAACGGUGUUUAUUUCCCGAAGCAAGGGUUAUAUCACCUAUUGGGGCACGUUGAACAUCGAAGGAUCAGUUCAGUUUUCUUCCUUUACCUUUCCCUUAUUCUCAACACAAUGUGAGAGAAUAAGGACCCUCUUCCUCUUCGUUUUUUUUUCUUCAUUUUCGACUUUGCCCCCAUACAAUUUUGUGGAGAGCUUGUACAGAUGUAUAUGGCAGCUUUCGCUCCGCAAUGUACCCUUGUUGUGGCUGUUGAUGUCAAGAAGGCACAUUUUAAUGUUCAUUGAGGGAAAAAUUACAAAUGCAGAUGCCACUAACUUGGUGGUGGCCUUAGGAAAUAGGUGAAUUUUCAUAUGGAUUCUCAUUAAUAGAUAGAGAUAUAUAUGAAAUAGGGAAUGUUCCAAAUCUAUUUCUAUAAAAUAUUAUAUAGUGGAAACUUUCAUAGCAAAGAUCUGGCUUGUCUGUCUUGCCUGCAAUUAAAUUCAUUGCUUCUUUUU